AGCCACCAUGGCACCAUGCAGAGGAUUCCUGCAGUUCCUCGGAUUUUUGGGAUCCAUGUUUGUCAUCAUGAUGUUCUUCUUCCGAUGGGACAUGUUACCAGAAAUGAGAGCAGAGGGGAUCCAUCAGCAGCAGGAACUGAGAAAGAAGCUGCUAAGAGAAACGUGUGAUGGUGACAGAGACGCAUUUACUGAGGGCAAGCACAGUUUAGAUGACUUGAGUGACAAAGAGCUGGAGAACCUAAUUGUGGAUGACAAACACUGCAUCAUCUAUUGUUACAUUCCCAAGUUCCAGCGGCGCAAUGAGUACUUCUAUCUAAACUUUGCCCGGGACAUUCUGCGCCUGUAUGGUAACCUGACUAAUCCACCACAGACGGUGGACAAGGCAUUUGCAUCCGGGGUACACCCCUCAUUUUACAACUUCAUUCAGUACUUGCUGGACCCGCAGACAGAGAAGAAGCAGCCCUUUGAACCCCACUGGAGGCAGAUGUACCGCCAAUGCCACCCCUGCCUCAUCCAGUAUGAUUUCGUUGGCCAUCUGAAGACUCAUCAACAGGACGCUGGACAGCUGCUGAAGAUGUUAAAGCUGGAGGACGACAUCAAGUUCCCUCCUUCCUAUGAAAACAUGACUUCCCCUGCUUCUGUGUUGGACUGGUUCAGCACAGUGCCUCUAGAGGACAGGAGGAAGCUGUACAAGCUCUAUGAGAGGGAUUUCAGGCUUUUUGGCUACAGAAGGCCUGGAGAAUUGCUUGAUAGUUGAGAUGAAGUCAUGAUUUGGAUUUCACUCUUCCCUGUGGGCAUAGAAAACCACUAUUUACUUGCGAGAAAAGAACAAUUACAAUU